UUACAGGUGGAUUAUGGGUUGACGGAAGAACAAGUAGCUGAAUUGCGAGAAGCGUUCCUUCUGUUCGACAAGGAUUCGGAUGGAAUGAUCACCAGCGCAGAGCUGGGCGUGGUGAUGCGGUCCCUUGGACAACGGCCCUCCGAAAUGCAGCUCAGGAAUAUGGUUCACAAGGUGGACAAGGACGGCAACGGCACCAUCGAGUUCGACGAGUUCCUGUGCCUGAUGAGCAAGAAGCUUCGAUCCUCGUCCUCGGCCGAGGGCGAGCAGGAGCUGCGAGAGGCCUUCCGCGUCUUCGACUCGGACGGGGACGGCUUCAUCAGUCCGGCCGAGCUCUCGCAGGUCAUGCGGCAGCUGGGGGAGAAGCUCUCGGACGACGAGGUGCUGGACAUGAUCCGGGAGGCCGACCUCAACGGAGACGGACGCGUCGACUACAACGAAUUCGUCUGCAUCCUGACGUCAUCGAAAUGAGAAAUUGUGCCUGUGAGGGAGACCCCGAGCUGACCUAGCUCAAACUGCGCACCUUCAUCGGCUAAGAAUAGCGAUGUGUACCUGCCAACGCCCACGCAUCAGACAGAAAUACAAACUCUCGCGUUUCGACAAUUCAACCACUUUUGAUGCCAAAUCGGAUGCGGAACAAUUGCGGCAGAAAAAAAAGGAUUUUUUUUUUUUUAAUGCUUCAUAACUUUUACUUCAGAUCACUUUCAACGAUGAAGAAGAAAUAGUCCGAUAUGUCAUGAAUGCUCAAUCAUCCGGAGGAAUUUUGUUGAAAUGGUCAAGUCCAAUGGGGUUGUUUCCGAAAUUUAAAAAUAAAAAAUUUUCUUUGAUAGAACAGUCUUAAAAAACAUAAGAUUUAACCAUUUUUUAAAUUUCUUGACAAAGUUUAAUUUUUUUUAAAAUUAUUUUGAUUGGUGCGCAGAUUGAAAUUCAUUUCUUACGAUUCUGCACAUGACGUCACAAGUAAUGAAAUGCCAUUCACUGAUGCCAUUAGCGCACAGCUCAAAUUAUCAUAGUCUGGCAACGCGGUUGACAGCAAAGCUUUAACAUUAAGCGCGACAAUGGAGUAGCGCGAAAAAGCGCACCACUUGUGACCUCAUAAAGACCACGCCUUAUUUCCAAAAUUAGACAUUUAAAAAAUUGAAUACAAAAUAACUGAUUGGAAAACCAAGUUUUUUUUCUGGCUUUUCAUAUUAUUAUUAUUAUUGCUUAUUUUAUCAAUUUCAGUGACUAGAAGUAGUACUUUUCACUGAAGGAAACAACCCCAUUUAUGGUCACCUGCACACCUGUGAAAAUGUUACGGAAAGGUAUAAGUUCGCCACACUGUUGACAUUAGCGCUAGGGAAACUAUAAGUAUCAAUUAUUUUAUAUUCACACCGAUACCAAAAUUGUAAAGAAACAACGGUGUUUCAAAGAAAACUUGUUUCAACAACGUUUGAUUUUUACAACUCAAUUUGCUCUUGUUUUUAAUCUAUUUUCAAAAAAUUCGUUCGAAGUAAGCCUAAUGGCAACAAUCGUGAGGUGGACUUAUACCGAUAGCGACGACGAUUGAAGGAAACAUUUUGAAGUUAUAGUUCAGUCUUUCCCUUCGAAGUUAGAUGGCAGGAUCAAGUGGCAGGUCAGCGAAAACUAUUUUACUUCAGUCGAAUUGACAUCAGCUACAUUUUUAGAUGAUGUAUCAAAUAUGGAGGUUGUAUUUAUUUUUCUUGCUUUAAUUAAUACACACACACGCGCGCGCACGCAGAAAGACAUAAUAGUAAAAGAAGCGUUUUCAAAAGACGGGAGCAAACACAGAUCUAGACUUAAAAGAUUUUAUAGCAAUUAAAUUCUAUUUUAAUUCUCGCAAUUAUUUUUGAGUAAAAUUAUAGUUCUGUAUGGUGACUGGAAUUAACAUAAACUAUCACGAAAGUUUUUCUUCAAAUAUCUUUAAAAAUAAUUUUUAAUAAUAGAAACAGCCUGGGCUUUUUUACAGCCAUCUGAUUUUCUUCUUAAUAAUUUUGUCUCCAAAUGCUUUCUUUAAAUAAGAUUAAGAACUUUUAA